AUGCCUCAAAGAACAGCAUUUUUUCAGGGCGUGGAAUAUAUGUUCGGUGUGGUAGGUUUUCCUAUCAUCGAGGUUGGAGUGGCUGCACAAGCAUUCGGUAUCAAAUACGUUGGAUGCAGAAAUGAGCAGGCGGCUUGCUAUGCAGCUCAGGCCAUGGGCUACCUGACGAGGAAACCUGCCGUCUGCCUGGUAGUGUCUGGCCCAGGUCUGUUGCACGCAGUCGGUGGUCUCGCCAAUGCGACUGUGAAUUGUUGGCCGAUGAUUUGCAUUGGUGGCUCUUCGGAUGUGGAUCUAGAGCACCGUGGAGCUUUCCAGGAAUGGCCACAGGUCGAAUCGGCUCGACUCGCCUGCAAGCACGUCAGCAGGCCCACAACGCUUCAGGCUAUACCAUUUCAUGUCGAGAAGGCAGUGAAAGAGUGCAUGUAUGGCCGUCCUGGUGCCGUCUACAUUGACAUCCCAGGAAACCUCGUGCUUUCUACGAUCGAAGAAAGUCAGAUCCCAAAAGUGUCGGUGGUACCGUUACCACCCCCGGUAUCCCAUCCGCCUGUGCAGAUUGUCCGCAGCGCUAUCGAAGUCAUCAGAGAAGCCCAAAGACCACUUGUUAUAGUAGGAAAAGGUGCGGCAUGGUCUGAACGUGGGUGUACGAUGGUGCAACAGUUCCUCACCAAAAGUGGAUUACCAUGGCUUGCAACUCCUGGUGGAAAGGGUGUAUGCACAGAUUUGCAUCCAAGGUUGGUCGGGCCGGCUCGGUCAUUUGCACUUCGCGAAGCCGACUGUGUUCUUCUUAUCGGAGCAAGACUCAACUGGAUACUACACUUUGGAUUGGCACCUCGAUUUAAUAGCAAUGUAAAAGUGAUACAGGUUGACAUCGUUCCAGAAGAGUUCCAUCAGAACGUGCCCACAACCGUUCCGCUUCUCGGGGAUAUUGGAGAGACACUUUACUCGAUGUUAACGGAACUAGACGACUGGAAAUAUUCGGAGAAUAGCAAGUGGAUGAUGGAUUUACUAGCGAAUGCUCAGAAAAACAGGGACACUGUUGAACGUAUGGCAGCUGACCAUUCUGUUCCUCUCAAUUACUAUGCUGCUUACACGCCAAUCCGCAAAUUUCUCGAACAGAACGAUGUCCUCGUAGUAAACGAAGGGGCGAACACGAUGGACAUCGGACGAACGAUGAUGCCGUCUGUACUGCCACGUAGACGACUUGAUGCUGGAACAUUCGGUACAAUGGGAGUAGGCCAUGGCUACUCGUUAGCUGCAGCUCUAUAUUGCCGUGAUCAUUCACCGAAAACGAGAGUUCUUGUAGUCCAAGGAGACAGUGCAUUCGGAUUUUCGGCUAUGGAACUCGAGACAAUUGCCAGGUAUAAACUGCCGGUAGUGUGUGUCGUACUGAAUAACAGCGGUAUUUAUCGCGGAAUGCUGCCCGAAGACAUGAAAUCGGUUGAAGGAGAUCCGACCUUACAGUAUCCUGUACUGUCACUGUCAGCGGAGUGCCGUUACGACGAACUGUGUAAAGCACUGGGUGGAGACGGCUAUUUCGUCCGCAGUGUUCCCGAAAUUGAACAAGCCCUCGCGAAGGCAUUCCGGAAAACCGACGGUCCAAGCGUGAUCAAUGUGAUCAUAUCGACAGAUUCAGAAAGGAAAGCCCAACUUCAUCCGUGGCUGACUCGUUCAAAAGUCUAG